AUGUAUUCUCGUGGAUUACUUUCGUUCUGGUUACCGGUAUUGGUACUCAUAUGUGUGGUGCUAUCGACUCUCCGCAUGUACCAAGUACUGCUGCUCCUGGAAAAGACGUAUAAAGGAAGCCGAGGUUACUCACGUUUAGUCCAUGAAGACAAGGCGUUUAAUUACACCAAAAUUACCUACGUGAAUAAUGACACUCCAAAGACGUUGGCCGACGAUUCGUUACUCUUCGUGGCCACGAUUGCCAAUCUGGAGUCGUAUGGUCCAGGCCGUCAAUUUCAAGACUUUUUUUCUGUCAUCAAGUCGUUUGAUUAUGACGAAAAUGCCAUUUCCUUGGGGUUCUAUUUUGGUGACGAGUCCGAGUUCAAUACAGUGGACAAGUAUAUCCACCACUACUUUGCCCUGGUGAAGGCUAACAACCAGAACGCGCCCUCCGUCAAUAAAGUCACCAUUCUCUUCGCACCUUUUUUGGAAAAAGACUAUAAUAGUAUUGAUCGAAGUCAAAGACACAACGACAAUGUCCAGCGGUUGCGCCGAAGAAACAUUGCCCGAACCAGAAACUUUGCGUUGUUGCACACUCUCGCCGAAGAACGCUACACCGUGUUCAUGGAUGCCGAUGUAGUGGCCAUCAAGAACCCAGAUAUGAUCCAUCAGUUCAUCGCUUCUAAGAAAGACAUCAUAGUGCCUCGUGUGAUAAGAGGUAGCCUUAUUGACUACGACAGAAACUCUUGGGUAGGAGAACGGACGGUGCCGAACGAAGAACAACUAUUGAAAAUGGAUCAAAAUGACUGGGAACAUUGGGAUUAUGUUCCUCUAGAUGUUCCCGGCAAGAUGAUUCAUUUCCAGGACUUGAUCGAACAGCAAGAACAAACGCCGCCUGAUGAUGUCAGUCGUAGACCAGACUACAUUGUCAAACUUGAUUCCGUUGGCGGUGCCAUUCUCUUUGCCAAGUCCAUGAUCUACAAACAAGGUGUGGUAUUUCCUCCCAAUUAUAUCAUUGGCACCACCUGGCAACGCCUUGAAGGCUACGAUGGUAUAGAAACAGAGGGUCUUUGCUACAUUGCCAAAUCCCUAAACUAUGAGUGCUGGGGUAUGCCCAACAUGGUGGGACAGCACGUUGACUAG